AUGUGCGCGCUCCCGGGUCCGUCCGCACAGCGCCCCCUUGCGGGCAUGCGCACCAGUAAGAACAGCUGUGCUCUCCUGAAGUCAAGAUCAAAUGGUUCCUUCUCCAAUGACAUUGGUAAAUUACUAGCGGGAAAUCUUAAAAUACUCCGAAAUAUUAUUCUCCAGGAUGACACGGAAUUCAUAAAUGUUUGGAGCAAGACCUCCAAGUCUCCCAUUUUUUAUGAAAGUGGACGUAUAUACUUAGAAAAUUAUAGGUGUUGUUACAGCAGCCUCCUGCCUCAGCCAGAGCAACUGUAUGAGCUCCCCAUAACUCCCAAAACAGAGAAGAUUGAAGAUGCAUUGCUUUGCCAGUGUCCAUUAGACACUGUUUUACCGAAAGCUUCAGACCAGAAGCCUUGUCUUUUGACUCUAACAGCUAAUAACUGGUUAUAUCGUCUCUCAGCGGACACAGGAGAAACACUAGACAAGGUCUACCUCUCCUCUCAUUUUAAAUUCAGAUCAUUGGGUUGGGACUCCUGCCAGGAGACAUUUUAUGUCAAAUCCAUUCAAAUCAAACAGACAGCUCUAGAACGACAGGCAGGUGUUAAUAAUGACAUCCUCAUGCGCUUGGCCAUAUUUCAAGUCUUUCCUUUGGAUUUGGUGGGAAUGCUGGAGAUUAAUAAAAAAGUCUUUGGUAAAACUGCUGUGGAUGUCCUACUGUCACAGGGAGUGUUGGCCGUUUCACACAGCUCCAAACAUGUCAAGCUUUACAGUUUUGAGUACAUUCUUAACAAGUUUAGGGUUGAGAAGCUGACUCUGGGACAGCAGUGUGAUGUAAAUGGUGCAAGAGGAUUUGUGGGAGAAGCUCCAUUCGGUAUUCCAGUCAAUAUUCACAUUCACGAAUGCCCCCCUGUUUUGUUUGAGAUGUCAUAUUUCGAGAACGGUGUUCAGAUUGGUGGUCAUCCCUGGCACUACAUCUACACCCCUAACCAUAAGAGACACAGAGGAACCCAUCACAUCUGCUCGAUCACAGAUGGGGCGCUGGCGAAGAACGGUGUCCAGGAUAUGAAGUGUGACUCUCUGGAGGCAGACUGGAUCUUUUUUCAUCCAGAUGACUCGGGCAGGAUUGUUCAUGCUGGACCCAGCGCAAUAAAUGUGCUAAGGAUCAUGGCCAACCCGGGAUGUGACUGGAAGUAUGAGAUAGUCACCGACUUUUCUAUCACUGCCGCUCGUGACAAUAGUACUCCUCAGGUGAUGGUGACCUCUUCUGGACGCACAGUAAAGAAAAGAUUCCAGCUUUUAGAUGAUGACCCUGCACAAGAGACAUUCAGGAUGGUGAAGUAUGAAGAUGAAAUUGAUCUGUUGGCUGUGGUAGAAAUCACUCACGCAGAGGAUGAAGGGCAGGCCCACAUUCGUCUUCAUGACAACAAAAGUGGGGUUUUAAUGAAGAGGGUUCCCUUAAAAGAAUCCUGGGAUGUGACCUACAGUCAUGAGGUGUACUUCGAUAGAGACACGGUUAUUCACACCGUUCAGAAAAAGAAUAACACUUUCUGCUGCCAUGUUUACAAAAUUAAAAGACAUUCUGAUUAAUCUUAAACACAUUUCUUCUGUAAAUGACCAUAGUGCACUUUUCAAUGAAAAGUAUAUUUAUUUAUGUACUGUAUAAUAAAUGGCUUAUUUUUCUGUGUUUGAGAAAUCUUUGUGAAAAUAUGUAGAUUUUAUCUUAAAAUGAAAUAAUUUUGUAUUUUUAUCACAUGAAUAUAACUUGCUAUAUUAAAAUGAUGUCUAAGCAAAG